CACUUAGUUUAAUUUCUGACCCUUUUACGAGCAUGACUAUGUCAGUGAUGUGUCGACCAACACAUCAGGCUCUGAAAAACGUUCCUUCCGGUGGACAAAGCCAGAUGAUGAGGCCAAAAGAGAAGGUGGUGCUGGUCAUGGGAGCAACGGGGAGCGGGAAAACCAGGUUGUCGGUGGACUUAGCAACAUGUUUUCCCUCAGAAAUCAUAAACUCUGACAAAAUGCAAGUGUACGAAGGGCUUGAGAUUGUCACCAACAAGGCCACCAAAGAGGAGCAGCGUGGGGUCCCACAUCACCUCCUGGGGACGCAGAACCCCGACACCGAGUUCACGGCCUCCGACUUCUGCGACGCCGCUUCACGCGCCAUCGAGUCUAUAACGCGCCGCGACAAGGUUCCGAUAGUGGUGGGAGGAUCCAACUCGUACAUGGAGGCCCUGGUGGAUAGGUUCGGGCCGCGGUUCGAGUGGUGCUUUCUGUGGGUCGACGUGUCCGUGCCAGUGCUCUAUUCCUACGUGGGGCAGCGCGUGGACCACAUGCUCCGAUGUGGAAUGGUGAACGAGUUGAGACCGUUCUUCAACGUGAACGGCGAUUACACGCGUGGGAUAAGGAAGGCAAUUGGGGUUUCUGAAUUCCACCCGUACUUCCGGCGGGAGACGACGGCAAGCGGUGAGACGAGGAUGAGGCUGCUGCAGGAGGCGGUGAGGGACGUGAAGGGGAACACGUGCGACUUGGCACGCAAGCAACUUGGGAGAAUCCACAUGCUCCGAAGUGAGGGGUGGAAGAUCCACCGCGUUUGCGCCACGCCCGUGUUUCAGAAACGUGGCCGCGACGCCAAUGAGGCUUGGAACAACAUGGUGGCGAAACCCUGUGCCUCCAUUGUUUCUCAGUUUCUCUACAGUUCUGCCAAUUCUGCUUCUGGGAGAGUCGCGCCUUCUAUGCAACCAAACUAAUCAGUUAAACCUAAUGCAUCAUUUUCUUUCGUCAACGUUUCAAUCUUCAUAUUUGUGUGUACGAAGAGUAUCGGUUGAAAUUAUUUGAUAGUCUGAGAUUGUCACAUGUUCAUGUUCUUGGUUGAUCUCAACUUCACACGUAACCAAAUUCAUACCAGUUGAUUAUGUGUUUUGUUGAGAUUUUCUCUGGAUCAUUUAGUCAUUUUUUGUCUUUGCUUCUGUAUUUAAUCUCAGAAAAAAGAAAAAAAUACCACUUCUG